AUGCCGCGGCAUAAGGUUUUGGAGGUGCCUAAUUUGUGUACAGAAAACGUCUCUAUAGUCAAAGAACUCCACCCCCGUCGAAAAGUAAAGAGAAUCUUAGUCACUAUUCGACUACAACCACAGUGCUUAAAAUCUAUCAUUGGAGAUACCAAAGAGGACAAGAAUUUGAGCAGCACAAUAACAAAUAAAGAUUUCAAAAAAGGUGGCGGGUCAAAAUCAAGAUCAAGGCGGAAUUCCAAGCGAGCAAAUGUAUCAAAUCCCGAGAAACACCACUCAGAAAAGGAAGAUCACGCAGCAACUUUGCCUAAGAUGCUUGAGACUGAGCUAGGGCAUAAAAAAGAUCUAGAAGACCUCGAAGCCUUUGAAAAGGAAUUGUUAUCACACAUGACCGAGGAGGAACCCCCCAAACUCCUGAAAUCUGAAGAGAACAAAGUCAUACAAGAGAAUGUUGAACAGGCUACACCCAAGAAUAGUUCUUCAAAAGAAACCACAGAUGUGCUGGAGAACAAAGUUACAGGAGCAGAGAAUUUGCCUUCCACUGUAUACAAUCGUUCUCUGUUUGAAGAGAAAAAGAAGAUACCGUCUUUGCUUCUGCCACUGCUACUGCUGCUGUCGCAGAGUCAACAACGAGCAACAAAUAUUGUACACUCAUCAGAAAACAAUACUAGGCACAAACAACUUCCGCCAAACAUCAUACCCUUGCUCGAAGCCGAGCUAAAAGUGUUUGAAGAAGACGAAGAAAACGACGAUGAGGAUGAAGCUCAAGUUGACAAGGUUAUAUUUUCAUUGAAAGAUCCACUAGGAGGAACUAGAAUAACGUUCCCCGUCAAAUCUCAGUUUUGUAAACACUUUGAAUGCUUUGAUUAUUACAAUUUCUGUUUGUUUAAUAAACUACCUGCCUCAACUCAAGCUGUGACCAAACGAAAUAUUCUCAAACAGAAUUAUGAAAAGUUAUCCCGAAAAACUGGUAUUAAGAAAGAAACUGCUAAGAAUCAGGGCUCAGUCAUGCAACCACAACUAAAACCAUUGGAUUUGAAAUCUAAGUCCCUCCAAGAGAUCAACUUACCGUCAUAUGUGACGAUUUUGAAUAGUCCAAAGUCAGAAUACACUUCAAAAUUCAUUAGUCCGGGCUUCAAGAAUUGUCCGUUAUACACGUGCCCAAUAUGCGAUACCAAGUUUCCUUUAGGUGCGCUAGUUGUUAGUGAUGUUUUUAACUACUUUGUUAAGAUGACGCUGCUGCAAAUUGAGAGAAUAGAAUUAGUUGGUUUUGAGAAGUACCGACCGAUAGGUGACAUUGAGCCUACUUUUCAAGGAAAUGGGAAUAAUAACGGCAACGAAGAAAAUUUGAUAUUAAUUAGCUCUGAUGAUGAUGAUGAUGAUGAUGAUGAUGAGGGGGAGGUAGGGGAGGAUGAGGAUGAGGAAGAAGAAGGAGAGGAAAACAAUAACAUUAACGACAACGACGAGACUAUUAGUCACGACGCCAGAGAGAAAAUGGCUAUGGGAAAUCUUCUUACUUACGACAAUAAUUCGGGAUGGCGACCACCCUUUUACGGUACUGCGUUUCGACCAUGGUAUCGUAAGCCACUGGAAGAUGAAGGUACCAGUUGGGACAACCCCCUAGUUCUAGAUUAG